AGAAGAAGGACGGGCUGCCGGAGAAAAUGGCGGCGGGCAGGAGCUAGCGGUUCGGCCGAUGUAAACGUCUUGCAGUCACAGAGUGGAGAAGGAGCUACCAAAACGUUUCCUGACACCGUUUUACACACGAAUGAAAGUCAUCCUGAGCUGAAAGAUGAUGAGCCAGCGGCGUGGGAUCCAUGUGGACCAGUCAGAGCUGCUAUGCAAGAAAGGAUGUGGAUUUUAUGGAAACAACGCCUGGCAGGGCUUGUGCUCAAAGUGCUUCAGAGAGGAGAAUCAGCGAGAAAAGCAAAAACAGAUCCAAGAAGACUGGGCUCUCGCUGAGAGGCUGCAGAGAGAGGAACAGGAAGCAUAUGCAAGCCGACAUCAAAAGACCCAAUCGCAGUCUGCCAUCACACCUUUCAGCAAGUUUGAAGAAAGGAAAACAAAGGAGAAGUCUAGCAAAGUCAACACAGUCACCAAGUUUUUCAUCCCAUCUACAAAAACACCUCCAAAAAAAGAUACCUCUUUUGACUCUCACUCCAGCCCGAGCCCCAGCUCCUCAGCAAGUCGACAUUCCUUCAACGACGGUGACCAGGCCACAAGAGAGUUCAUUGAUUUUCUCAAGCCUCUGAAGUCCGGCCGUGAGAUCUUCAAACAGUGUCGAGCCUUCACUGAGAGCAUGGUUUAUAAACGGGACAUUGGAGCAGAUGAGCUCUCAGAGUGUGUGCAAGACUUCUACCAAAACCUCUCAGACCGCCUGCACACCCAGUUUAAAGGUUCAACAGAUCAUGUAGAAAGUGUCAUGGAUGAGGUGGAGAAGUACAUGAUGACUCGUCUCUACAAGGAGGUCUUCUGUCCUGAAACCACAGACGACGAGAAGAAAGACCUGGCCAUUCAGAAGAGAAUCAGAGCUUUGCACUGGGUCACCAUCGAGAUGCUGUGUGUUCCCGUCGAUGAGGAAAUCCCCGAGGUCUCAGACAGUGUCGUCAAAGCAAUAACAGAUGUGAUCGAAAUGGAUUCCAAGCGCGUUCCCAAGGACAAGCUGGCCUGCAUCACUCGGUGCAGCAAGCACAUCUUCAACGCCAUCAAAGUCAGCAAGAAGGAGGCUGCGUCAGCAGACGACUUUCUCCCCACGCUUAUCUACAUCGUGCUGAAGGCGAACCCUCCGCGGCUGCAGUCCAACAUCCAGUACAUCACCCGCUUCUGCAACCCCAGCAGACUCAUGACCGGAGAGGACGGCUACUACUUCACUAACCUGUGCUGCGCCGUGGCGUUCAUCGAGAAGCUGGACGGCCAGUCUCUGAACCUCAGCUCCGAGGAGUUCGACCUCUACAUGUCGGGCCAGGCGUCCCCUCACUGGCCGCAGCCCAGCGGCGCCUCCUUGGGCGCCGCCGCCGGCAGCGCCGCGCUCAGUCAGGUCCACAAGCGCCUGGACCUGCUGACGGGGCUGGGCGAGCGGCAGGAGCGCGUCAUGGAGAAGGCCCGCCAGCUGGAGAGCGACCUGAUCGACUGGACGGACGAGGUGGAGCAGAAGGUGCAGAGCGUUCUGGACAGUUUCCCGCCGGAGCCGGAGAACCCGGCGGCGCCGGCGGCCAGCGGGACGACAGCAGCGCCUGCGGCAGCGGCGUCAUCGGCAAUCGACUCGGACAACGUGGAGAACGAGCUGCUGCCUCCGCCGCUGCAGCCGCAGGUGUUCGCCGGUUGAUGCUGAGCUCCAGACGCUCCUGUAGAGGCUUCAGUCCGCCCUCAGUCCUUUUCCCAGGUGCUGAACCGUGUCGUCCAAACGCACAUACAGCAGCUCUCUGUUGCAGAUCCCGUUUCCACUCCAGCCGCCCUGAAACUACCUGAUCAGGAACCUACCUGUUGAAUGAAAGGCUCGGUCCGGCCUUUUAUCAGAUGCAUGUUGCAUCACGUUGCAUUAAGUCUCUGAUAAUUACAUUUUGUCUUGAAAAUUCAUCCAAAAACUGAAGUUUAAAGCUAACAUGCCAUUUAUAUAUUUAUGUAAACUUUCAGUUUAUUUGAGCUUCUGUGGAUAUUUUUUUUUAUUAUUAUUAUUAAACACCCAAAUUUUAAUUUUAGACCUCAUCUUAAAGUCAGCUGAUCCCUCCUGAUUAAAGGUUUUUAUUUAACCCGUGUAGCAUUAAUGUUCCUCCAAUCAGAGCAGAAAUGUUUUUUUAGAUCUUUGACCAACAAAAAUUGUUUACUAAAGUGAACUAAAAGUUGCAGGUGCAUCUCAAAAAAUCAGAACACAGAGGAAUUAAAUUCAAACAGCAAAACUACAUUCUAUAUUUACUCCUGAUAAACUGAAUUAUAUAAAGAAUUUUUGGUUUCACGCUUUGCAUUUUUAACUAAUGUCGUGGAAGUGAAGUGCACAUUAUGUUAAAAAUCUGAAAUGAUUCAUCAGAUGAUUUUUUUGAUAUCAUUUAUUACCAGAUGUUUUAAUCGUCACAAUGAAGACUAAAAUCAUGCUUGAAUGAGUUUAGAAAUAAUCCCCUAAACAAUGAAGUUUUGGAUGAUAUUCUCAUAUUUUUGAGAUGCUCCUGUAGGAGCGUCACAGAUUUGCUCAUCAGUUGCAUGAAGUUUGACGAUGUUUGGCUUGUCCUCUGUCCCGGUAAAAUUAAGAAGCUUUUCUGCAUGACUAGUAAAACAGCUUCAGAAAUUGAAGCCACACUAAUGUCCUUGGUGACGCGAUCAGAUACACAAAUCUGAACUCAAACAGAUCCAUCGAAUGUUUCCCGUGUCCUGGUGGUUUGACUGUCACCAAGUCAGGCGCAUUCUUCAAAAUCUCCAAGUAUUUCUGUAAAAUGAGGUGAAAUCAAGAGGAGUGAAAAACCACACUUAAAACCUGUGUCACUGUGCAGCAGCGUUCAUAAAGUCAAGUCUGUUCUGCUCCAGUUUUAUGAUGGACAGAGUCACACUGACAUCUUUGAUCAGUGGGUAGUACUUGACUUUUUUUUCUUCUUUUCUAAAUAUGCUCCGUUCCUCGUGGUGACGGCAGGCUGUCAAACAGAAACCUUCCACAGAAGUGGCAAACAGACCACCUCAGCAGCCUCCACGUGUGGAAAAUCACUCCACUUUUAUGUCUUUGUCACUCAUAUUUUCAGUAUCUUCAGAUGAGUUCAGUGCAUUUUCCGUUGUUGACAUGAUGUUUUGACUUGUCGGGAGGCGCAAGUUCAGCAUGGGAGGCUCCUAAAUCCUGCUCCGGCAACAUGCAAUAAAUUCACAGGAGAAGGCUGUGGGGAAAUCUGAAUGAUUCACACAUCAAGUUCCUCUCAUAAGGCUUACUCAUACAUGUGAUUUUUGCUGUGUGUGUGUGUGUGUGUGUGUGUGUGUGUGUGUGUGUGUGUGUGUGUGUGUGUGUGUGUGUGUGUGUGUGUGUGUGUGUGUGUGUGUGUGUGUGUGUGUGUGUGUGUGUGUGUGUGUGUGUGUGUGUGUGUGUGUGUGUGUGUGUGUGUGUGUGUGUCCCUGUACUCUUGUGGAGAAAUGGUCGGAGAAAGAAAAAAAUGUGUGUACAGGUUGCGCAGUGGGGAAGUGGGUGUGUGUGCGACACAAACAUGUUUGCACUGAUUGCCUUUGAAAGAGAGAGAGAGAGAGUCCUCCAGCUGUGUGUGCAAAUGUCCGAGUGUUUAGUGUCCAGUGGCGCGCUGGGUGUACAGAAGUGAUUUUAUUUUUCUAUAGAGUGGCAGGUUUCAAUUCUUCUGGGUGCAGUAGGAGACAUUAAUCCUGUAAUAUUUACAGUAGUUUUAAGAACGCCGUCUAGACGGCGUGUUACAUGAAUCCUCAUCUCUGAAGCAUGUCGACGAUACACCAGGAGUCAUAAGUGGAUUGUUUUCAUUUUGUCCGCCAGAGCGGUUCGAUUGAACAAACCUGAUGACACACUCCAAAGGAGAGCUGCUUUAACGGUGCAGAAGUAUCAACAUAACCAGCUUAAGUUAUUUUUAAAGCACUUUUUUUUUAUGUUGAAGCUCUUCAUUCAGACUGAAGGAAGUACUCGAUAGUUAAUCUGAUUGCUGAAAGCUGUCGAGGGCCGUCGCUGCGCUGUGUAGCUGUAGUCGGCGCUCUCACAUUGAAGGAAAUGUUUGAGUAGUGUGAAAGGCACAAUCCCCCCUUCCUUCGCUUACAAGUUAAAAAACCUUUUCCGUUGGUAUUUGGAGCAGUAUAUAGUCAAUGUGUUGUCCAAUUUUACUUUGAGAAAAAGCUUUUUUUUUGCAGCUUGAAUAACAUCACAUCUGCACUGUCUGCAGAAGCCUUUAAUCAGGUAUUUUAAACCAUUUUAAGCUUCCUGUUUGUUUACCCUUUAGGUUUGUUACUAUAUCAGAAUGGGGGAAAUGCAUUCAAUACUGCCUUUUAUUUAAAUGUAACUUAUUGGGACAGUAUUGGUAUAUUUGCAUCUAUGGGUGUGUGAUGAAUAAAAAUACAUU